GGACUGCCGAUGUAUGGACGUGUUCCGGGUAUAUGAUUGGCUGAUACGGAGAAUAGGGCGGGGCUACAGUGUCUAUUCAUGUUUUUAGACGCAUGUUUCCAGCAGCACUCAGUAACAGGACACAUACACAGUUGGUCACUUUGCUGCCUUGCUCUUGGUUACAGAACUGUUCCUGAGAUCAUAACAAGGUUUAUGAUUUCAGGUUUUGAUGUACAGGUGAGCAAACCCUGGGAGACUGCUGCUGUUCCACUACACUGCAGUGAAGAGCUGGUUCAUGUCAUGCCCAAACUCCUCAGGAACAUUUAAGCCGAACGAGCGCUAGUCCUUUAAAUUACCAUCAUCAUCACCAUGGGUGUCAUGGCUGAUCCCCAAGCCAUGAACUGCCCCUCAGUCACGUCGCUCGUCACCCAGAGCUCCAUUCCUUCUCUGCCUCGUACUCUUUCGAGGCCAGAUGAUCGUCCCCGGGCACUGUGGCCGCCACUAGACUUCACUCUGGGUUCUCUGGCCUGCUGCGGCGCCUGUGUGGUCACCAACCCACUGGAGGUCGUGAAGACUCGUCUGCAGCUGCAAGGGGAACUGCAGGCACGUGGAUCAUACCAUCAGCACUACCGAGGGGUGCUGCAGGCUCUCUGGCUGGUUGGUCGAACUGACGGUUUGCGAGGCCUGCAGAAGGGCCUCGCCGCUGGCCUGCUCUACCAGGCGCUUAUGAACGGCGUCCGGCUCAGCUUUUACUCCUACACUCAGGUCUCAGGCAUCAGCGAUGUGCCAGGGGGAAACAUAGCCUCAGGGGCGAUUGCUGGAGCUUUAGGGGCCUUCAUCGCAUCUCCUGCUUACCUGGUAAAGACACACCUGCAGGCUCAGACUGUGGAGGCCAUCGCUGUGGGUCACCAGCACAACCACCAGGGAAUCUCCAGCGCUUUCGCUUCCAUAUACAGGCGUGAGGGUGUGACGGGUCUGUGGCGGGGUGUGAACGGUGCCGUGCCGAGGGUCAUGGUGGGUUCGGCAGCUCAGCUCGCCACCUUCAGCUCGGCCAAAGAAUGGCUCAUAAACACACAGUGCCUUGGUCAUGACAGCUGGAUCAUCGCUCUGGUGGCAGCCAUGGUCAGUGGUGUUGCCGUGGCGAUCACUAUGACUCCGUUCGACGUGAUCAGCACGAGACUUUACAACCAGCCUGUGGACGAGUUGAAGAAGGGUCGGUUCUACACCGGGUUCCUGGACUGCCUGAUGAAAGUGAGUCAUACUGAGGGGUUUCUGGGUCUGUAUAAGGGAAUGGGUCCUGUGUUCAUGCGCCUGGCACCUCACACUGUGCUUAGCAUGCUGCUGUGGGAUGUCAUGAGGCAAAAAGCUCUGCAUCACUACACGAUCUGAGGAGAUCCAGAGCUCUGCCUCCAUCAUCACUGUUCCUCACACAGCUCUGGGUUCAGCUGUCCUACAGCAGGAGGUUCAGGAACCUCACACGCAGGGACCGUAAACUGAACUAUGUAAACUUGAGGAAAAGCCUGCAGGUCUUCCUGUCACUGUUGAGUCCGGAUCCUCGUCAUGAGAACACACGAUGGACACCUGAUGAUAUCAUGACUGAACAGAGAGAAUCAUCACAGGCAUCAACAUUACCCUCAGAUGUGAUCACCACUGACUAACUGAUGAAGUCCAGCAUAUGAGUGUGUGUUUCUGUCUGUGUGUGUGUGUGUUUCUGUCUCUGUGUGUGUGUGUUUCUGUCUCUGUGUGUGUGUGUUUCUGUCUCUGUGUGUGUGUGUGUUUCUGUCUCUGUGUGUGUGUGUGUUU